UGCCGCUGAGCAAGCUUUGCGCACACACGGAGCUUUGCGCAUCUGGUCGUCAUCAUCAUCAUCAUCAGCAGCAGCAGCAGCAGCUCUUCCUGCUCAGAUGUGACUCAACCAGAGUGGGAAGAGAGCUCUUCGUCUUCUUCUACUUCUUCGGGGAACUUCUCUGACAAACCUCCGUCAACGUCGCAGGAGAAAGAGAAGACGUUUCUUCUUGUUUGCCGCUGACGCGCUGCGCUAAAUGGAUUGGCUGUAGUUGGGGGUUUUUUGUUCGGGAAAAGCAGGCGAGGAGAAAACUUUGCUGAAGUUUGUGUGUGAGAAAACUCCGCGGCUGAUCUGGAUUUUGAACAGACCCACUUUCUGCUCGGAAGACCCGAGUCUCCCUCCGGCUGGUUCCUGGACACCGCUGCCUGCGCGUUCUGCAUGCACGGAUCUACUUGGCUCGCUUGUUGUUCUUUUUUCUCUUCUACUCACCGCUCCGUUUUUUCCCGCUGUUCCCCACUUGCGUCAUGACUUCUAGCUAUGCACAUGUAAUGGACAGGCAAGCGACGAUAUCAAACCGCCUGGAGAGUCCGAUCACGUCUAACCUGGACAACCUGCAAGCCAAAAAGAACUUCUCGGUCAGCCACCUGUUGGAUCUGGAAGAGGCCGGGGAAAUGGUCGGCACCCAGGCGGACGAGAGUGUCGGGGAGGCGGGGAGGAGUAUGCUGGAGUCGCCGGGGCUGACCAGCGGGAGCGACACGACCCAGCAGGAGAAUGAACAGAUGAACACGGAGGAGAAGAAGAAGAGGAAGCAGCGCAGGAACAGGACCACCUUCAACAGCAGCCAGCUCCAGGCCCUGGAGAGAGUGUUCGAGAGGACACACUACCCCGACGCCUUCGUCAGGGAGGACCUCGCCCGCCGGGUCAACCUCACCGAGGCCAGAGUCCAGGUUUGGUUCCAGAACCGGAGAGCUAAGUUCCGCAGGAACGAGCGCGCCAUGCUGGCCAGCAAGAACGCCUCGCUCCUCAAAUCUUACUCAGGAGACGUGACGGCGGUGGAGCAGCCGAUUGUACCGCGCCCUGCGCCACGCCCUAACGACUACCUGUCCUGGGGCAGCGCCGCCCCCUACAGCUGGUAUCCGAUGCCGGAGGGGGGGCCAGUGCGAGUACCACAGAAAAUGCUGCCCUCAGAGAACAACGCCAUGGCCACCUACCCGCCCACCUGCUCCAACACCAACACGUCCCAGGGAAUGAACAUGGCCAACAGCAUCGCCAACCUGCGGCUCAAAGCCAAGGAAUACAGCUUGAACCAGGUGCCCACGGUCAACUGAGCGGAGGGGAGGCCUGGGGGCUCGCACACAGGAGGGGAGGGGACCCUCUCUACUGCUGGACCCCCCCCCACCCCCACCCCUACCCCUCUCCACAGUCGGACACCACCUCUGGGAUGAGCGUCAUCUCACACGACAUGGAUCGUGACGUCUCCUCUCCUUUCUGGAGCAGCCUUGAUGGCGCACUACUACAUUUAUACGCAGAGUGGUGUCAGGAUUCUUCCCUAAGUCGCCUUAUUUUUCUCUCCUGAGCAUCACCAAACUCUUUGUACAAACAGACAUCUAGACUGGAUGUUGUAGCUGAAUAUCUGCAUAGUUUUACAUUUGUGAUUGUGACUGAAAAUGGAGGGCGAGAUCCUCAAAGAUAUUUUUCUUUUUUUUUUUUUAAAUCAGAGAUCUUGUUCUCGACGGAAACUCAUGUACGGACUACGUGGAAUUCCCUCUGUCCGUUUUGGAUGUGGUGUUGGAUGAAAUUACACACCAAAACUGGGAUCAACGACUCCUUCUUUUUUUUUCUUUUUUAAAA